GCGGGUGCCAGACUAUCGCGGGGGAAAGUGGGUGCAUGUUCUCAUAGUCGGUGAAUGAGUUGGUUAAUCAUCAUCUGUCAUGGUAUCGGUCAACUAAAUUCUGUAUCUGUUAUGGUAUCGGUAACAUGAAGAAUACAAUGAAAAACGAAACAAGCAAAAAACCUAUACAAGAUGUAGAGCGACAUGCAUCUGUGGAGCGAUGUCGAGGGAACACUAUGGAAGGACUUCCAUCGGAACACUCGCGUGAUGUGGUCGGUUAAUGUAUUCGGUCAGAGUUCUACAAUCCAAUCAUGCCCUGUGCCCUGCUGCGUCCAUCAAAAUCUCCCCGCUGUUUCUAGUCUAAUUUUUUCAUUUUUAGCGUCAUCGGUGGUGUCACGGGAUCAAAGUUAUACAGUGUGGAAAGCGGAUCCCGCUCUGUAAAUCUAUAUCCAUAGCUCUGCUAUCUUGCAGAGCGGAUUCCGCUUCCCGCUAUGUAACAUAAAUAGUCUAUUACUUCUAAAAUAUUACAAUGCGGAUAGCGGUAUCCGCUUCUGAAUCUGUAAGUUCUUAGUUCAUUUAGAAUACUAAUACUACUUUGGUUACUUAGUCUUUUGUUUUUCAUCCUCUUAAACAACGUUCUACAGGAGCUUCUGGAGAACAUUACAGCUAUGAAAUUCACGGGAGAUUUGACUGCAGACGAUGUGAACCGAUGGAUUGAAGUAUAUUUGUUAACGAGAUGGAAAAAGUGGAAAGAAGUUUACGUGGAACCUAACGAGCGUCGCAACUGGAACCUUAUCUUGAUCUUAUGAAGCUCUCCUAUUUUCAAUAAAAUGACUUUUUUUCCUACUGAAUUAACAAAGUCUGAAUUAAGAUGCAUUGACCUCGAGGCUAUGUGGGAACCAACUACGUCACUUCUAAUGCGAAUGGAUGGAGCUGGAAUUCAUCGCCUCAAUUCUGACCUUGGAUUACACGCAGAAGGAGUGCACAAACAAGCCGAUGGUGUUUGGAUCAUGCAUUAUGGCAAUUCUACUAGGUAACUUGGUCUAUGCUCUUUACAACUAGUAAAGUACACAUGGACACAACUACUAACUACUUCUUCUAAUUUUUUUUGUACCCGCACAUCACGAAGUUUGUGCAACCACUUGACCAGAACUGUAUUUUGAGGACGAAAGCUGCUGUCAGAAGAGAGACGGAGUCUAGCAGCCCGGUGGACGCGUGGAAUCUCAUCACGAAAAACGUCAGUUAUGAGUGGGUUUUUUGAUGAGUAACGGCCCUUGUUGGCGGCAAACUACUCAAGGUCGAUUCUCUUAUCUCAUUCUUUUUCCUGUAAAGUGUGAUUAUGUAUUCCUUCAUUAUAAUUCACUCAUUCAUUUGCCUAUCAUUCUAAUAAGCCUUGUAUCAAGAAAUUUGUUCGAACGAGGAGGAGUUUCGCAGAUGCGGUUUCUGCUCUCUGCCGUCAACUACUCGCGCUCCUGAAGGAGAUAUUUUCUCCAGAACUAGAGAGUUUCUCUACGAAACACGAGCCUGGGUACCUCAAGCGUCAGAAUGAGGACGACUGAGACCGCUUACUUGGGGGAGACUUGGAAGUGUGGGGAUAAGUUGAAGAUUAAAAGCAGAGGAGAUGAGGUUGGGACUGAAGAAGAAGAUGAUUGAAAUUGCUAGAAGAAAAAAUGCUUCCUACAAGUAGGAACUACUGGAGAAAGACAGCGAGAAGAAAGCCUAUCGAUGAAGUUCGAUCAGGCUACAUCAUAAAGAGCAGCUGCUCUUUUAACGUUUAUUCUGCGGAUAAAUGAUCCAAAAGAUCUACCCGCAGCAUAUGCUCAUACAUCAUAGCGCCUGUAUCAUUGUCAUAAAGACAUUUGUACAGCACUCGUAUGCGUAUCUACCAUCCCCUUAAAGGAUGAACACCAACUGUUACAAGAAAAAUUUGAUGUUUACUAUUCUAGCAAGAAGGAUACGAACAUGAUAAUUUUUUCAGAUGGUGUUUUUGUGGAACUCUAGUCACAG